UUUUCACGCCUUUCCCUCAAACUAAUGUCCAUUUUCCUGAUGAAGAACUCGUCAAUAAAAUUAUUGCGUCAAUUGAUCCAGCUAUAAUUUCAAAGAUUAAACAACAUACUUUUAUGGAAAUUAAAGAUUUAAUCGCACCUAGACCAAAAAAAAUUCGUAAUAGACAUAAAAUUCCACGACCACAAAAUCCUUUUGUGAUAUUUCGUAGAAACGCUCAAGCAAAAAUGGAAGCCGAUUUGGAAUCUGAAAUAAAGGAGUCCAUGCUUACUCUUGUAUCAAAAGCUGCUGGAAAAGAUUGGAAGAUUGCUGACGCUGAAGUAAAAAAUGUAUUCAAUUAUUUAGCAAAAUUGGCAAAAAAAGUUCAUGAGAAAACAUAUCCUAAUUAUGUUUAUAAGCCAAGGAAAAAAUAUAAUUCUCCUAUUCCUGAAUUACAAUCAUCUCAGAAACAUUUAGAUAUUUCGGCCGAAAGCCAAUGUCAUUCUUCUUUUUCAGAUCAUGUAAAUAGUUAUCAUUCUAUUCUCCCCCUUGAUGAAAAUUACGGAAUCUCUCCUGAUUCAAAAGAUUUUCCUUAUUCUCUUUUGCCAUCAAAAGAUUUACCUUCCAUCUGGUCAUUGGUCGAUUCGAUCACUGCAAACACUUUAACUUCCGCAAUUUUACCAUACUCGCCAAUUCCUAUCAGUUCUAAUUCAUUUGAAAAAAAUUAUGAAAUGAAUGGUAUAUUACGAAAGCUUUUUAAUUUACCUUGCCCUUACAAAAAUACCCUUUGUAGUUGUUCUUCAAGUGCCUGCAUUUGUAAAAGUGCUAGCGUUUGGAAAAAAAAUGGUGUUGGUUUUUCAGCUUCUGGUAAAGCAUGGGGAGAGAUUAAUAUUGAUACUGAAGUAUCAGGUAAUUCUAAAGGUGUUGAAAUUAAAGGUUUAGGUUUUGGUGUUAGUCUUGGUAAAAAAAACAGGAAUCAGAAAACAGUUGAUAUUUCCGAUGAAAAAAUGGCUAGAAUAAUCAUAGGUCCAAAAAGGCUCUAUGUUUAUAAAACAAGCUUUGGAAAUAAGAAACUCAAAGAAUUACAAGACUUAGAUAAUAAUUCUAAUAUUAGAGAAUGA